CAAAAAAAAACUAGACAAUUAGAACACAUACUUCCUCAUACACACAAACACACAUUAUACAUUCACAGACAUUGCAUGCAUGUAAUUAUAUAAUUGUUAUUAAAACUAAUUUUAGAUAUUUAGAAGAUACUAUGAGCUGGUGGGCAUUAACAUAUACCAUAUACUUACACUGUGGUUCAAAAACAACAGAUACUAAGAGUACUAGUGUUAUUUUGGUGUUACAUAAUAACAGAUAGUGUGUAACGUUAAUGCCGAUAUGAAUCUCCAAUUACUUUGUCAAGCCAGUGAUGGGUAAUGGGCCGAUUGGCUUUGUCUAUUGAUGGCAGAUUAUAAGAAGUGCUUAUGCACACAUAUACUGGACACAUACGUUGUCUACACAUACACGAGCGUCUUUUAUAAUUAGUAUAUCACUACAAUAGCGUUGUCCACAUAUCAGAGCGAGCUUGGUCCACGAUCUCUCUGUUGUCAUUACACAAGGCCUUAGUUUAUGUGACAUGUACGCGAAGAAAUGACGAGACGCAUGCCCUUUUUAUACAUCACCGAUACGGCCAGAGUACCACGCGUUCCUCUUUGAAGCGAUGUUAGCUUUGCUGGCCGUACGCAAAGGACCUCCGAUACAUCAACGACUGAGUGGUCGCUUAUAACUCGACAUAAAGCAUGCACCAUAUGAUUGGUCACAUUCAAAUCUUAUCCACAUACUGAGGACCAGGAAGGAAAUGAUUAGGAGUUGAGCAAUGACAGCCUCUGAUUAACGUGUUUAGUGAUAUAAGUGGUAUCCGUGGAUAUUUCAUGGCGAAACUUCAAGAGUGAUUGGAUUGUCGCCUGGGUGAGCCGGUCAUUAUGAAAUGUUACAGGAUAUCUCGGGUAAAAAACAGUGUUCUUGUGUUUUGUGUCACGUGUUUACUGUUUAUUUCCAUUCAUGACUUUUUACAACAGCAUACUGGACCAGACCGAUAUGAUGAUAUCACAACUUUUCCAAAAUAUAACUUCGGAUUUUUCUUCCCGUUAGAAAUAGAUCUCCGUAAAAUUGUAGAAGAUAAGAUUGUGAAUGAUACGGAACCGGAUUACUCUCCGAUAAACAAACAUCCGUUCAGAUACAUCCACCGUCCAUCAACAUGUUCCUUCAAUACAAAACAAAGUUUAGGAUUUGAUAUGUCUCCAAACCUGUUAGUUCUAGUCAAAUCCGCCGUCAAAAACGACCGUCUGAGAAUGACUAUACGGAUGUCCUGGGGUAGGACUAAACGACGUAAUGUCAAAAUUGUGUUUCUGGUCGCUGAUUCUCCUCAGACGUCCCAGUUCAUCUCUCUCGAGUCACAAACGUACCAGGACAUCGUGCAGGAGGACUUCAUUGACAAUUACAGCAACAACACAUUAAAGACCAUAAUGGGAUAUAGUUGGGCAGUGAAGUAUUGUUCUAAAGCAGACUUCUUUUUAUUUGUGGACGACGACCAUUUCGUGAACAUACCCAAAGUGCUUCUAUACAUUAAAUCUAUUCCAGAAAACGAACGAAAAACAGUGUUUUAUGGAAAGAAAGUAGUCAGUGCGGUUCCAAGUAGAGCCGAUUCCAAAUGGGCGAUAUCUAAGAUCCACUUCCCCUUCCAUUUGUUUCCGUCAUAUCUAGGAGGUGGUGCUUAUCUUACUUCAUACAGUUGUGCUCUCCGUUUCUACCAUGCUUUUCCAUAUGUUGAUUUCUUUUGGAUAGACGAUGUUUAUUUAGGCAUAGUCGCCCAUAAACUCAACAUCACUGCAAAGCACGUGAAACAGUUUAUCACCAACGAAGAAAACCCAUCCUUAGACAGAGGGUUCUUCUCGCAUUUCAACAACCACAACGCAGAAGACAUGAUAAAAGCAUGGCAACGUGCACAAGACAAAUAUGUGUGACCAGGCAAUGUACACAUUUAAAUGCACACCUACUGUUUAUUUAAAUAUAUUUUUACUUUCAUACUUUACUCAUACUUUACACAAUACGUUUUCUCUAAAUAUGUUUGAUCUGAUUUUUGACAAACCAAUAAUUCAUUUGGGUAUUGUUGGUUAACGCCAUGUUGUAUACAAGUCUUUCUACCACAAUACACUGUGUUAUUCAACUCUCAGACCAUCAGUUAAUCAUUACAGCUGUUGAUUAACAAUCUGUUUAUACCACACGUGGUAUAACCACA